AGCUACUGCAGUUGCAAUCAAAGAUGUUACAAUUGGUGCUGUUGCUGCUGGGAAUUGGAGUCCUUGGCUGCCAGGCGGAUUGCAAUGUCUGUGCCUUACCUUCAAGCGUAGCCUGUGUUUCGGAUACCCAAUUUAAGUUCUGCAAUAAUAAUGUUCUCGUUGAUCCAGUCAACAGCUGCCCUAGUGGAACUUAUUGCACUGGAAGCGCUGCAAUUUGCCAGGAAGACACCUCGCUGAAAGCUUGUACCGGUUGCGUACAGUGCAAUGAUCAGAAGAGCUUUGCCUGCCUUGGGGUCCGCACAUUCGCCUUGUGUCUGGGCACCAGCGUUCCAUCUGCAAUCACUGGCAGUUGUGCUCCAAAUUAUGUCUGUAAUAAGGAUAAUAUCAACAUUUGCGGAUCGGCGUCGAUGGGAAGUCAAGCUACAUGUCCGCUGGUGGAUGACGAAUUGUUAACAACACUUUCUCCCAAUGCAAAUGUCACUGCCGAUGUGUACUGCAGAUACGUACAGAAAGCCGGACGUUUUCCGUACGGGAUGAACGCGACCACCACAUGCAGACAGUACAUUUAUUGCUUCUUGAGCAACAGUGUAUGGUAUGGCGCACUCUACACUUGUCCCGGCUCGACAUAUUUCCAAUCCUCAACACAACUGUGCAACACCACCAUCCCAGCUUAUUGCACCUCAACUGUGCGCUCCUUAAGCUUGAAAACUCUGCGACUUUUCUAAGAAAAGAGGCAGCCUACUCAAAGCCAAUUCUUUUUUAAAUAUCAUUGAUUAAAUUUAUGAAAUUAAAUUGUUGCAAGAGUA